CGUUCAGUUCAAUGUUCGACACCGGUUGCGAUCGUGUAGUAUGUGAGAAAUUUUUUAUCCGUUCCGUCGUCGUCGUCGCCCGUCCGCGCUCUCUCGACAUCGGUUCACCGCAGUAAUAUUAAUACAAUUUAAUUGUAUUAUCAAUAUCGUUAUUGCAACCGUCUCGCACGGCGACAACGAUAUUAAUAUUAUAAUAUUAUUACGUACCGAUAUUUAUAACAUUGCCCGCGCGAGCUGGUCAUCGCCGUUUACGCGGACAUCGUCUCCGGUAGAACAAAAUAUUAUCCUAUUGCAGAUUUCACCGGUGUUCGAGCGGAGUAAAUUUUCCGAUCAUUUCGUCGCUCGCGGUCCGUCGCGUAUUUAUCGAUUCCGCGCGCGCCGCGCCGUCUGUAGCAGUUACGCAAUAGUAACGCGCUUGUGCGGUUUGUUUUCAUCGUCGUCGCCAACGCGGUUUUCGGUUGAAAAACUUUUUUCCGCGGAUUUUUCUCCUUAAGUGAUAUUGGUUUUCAUGCGCAUGUUAUCCGCGAUCGACUUAACUCGCUUCAGUGUUAUCGCGUCAUGAAGUUUAUACAUCAGAUCGCCGACUGCUAGGAUACGUACUUACUGUACUAAACGUGAAAUCGUGUCACAGCCGCGCGAGCGCUCUAUAGCGGCAUGGAAAUGGCUGCCGGCAUGGAAGUGGUCGGCGGUGCCGGUGCUCAUCAUCACCACCACCAUCACCCGCAUCACCGGAGCUGGUACGAGACGCCGGCCGGGUCGUCGUCGUCGUGCCGAGACGAACCAUUGGUGGCCGACAACAUGUCGGACCACAUGAACUCGUUCUUCGCCCAUCACCACGUAAGCGCGCUGGACGCUCACCCCGCGGCCAGGGACUACCAUCAUCACCGAGCGGCGGCGGCUGCCACGGCCGCUGCUGCGGCGCCGUAUCACCGCGACUCGCUCACCGUCACCGCCCGCUACUAUCACCAGCAGAUCCACUCGCCGUUCGCGCCGCCUCCGCCGACGUCAUCGCACGGAUCGACGAGAAACAUGUGUAGGCCGUCUCACUUCUCUCAUCCGGCUGCCGCCUGGCUGAACGGUAACAACAACAACAACAAUAACAACAACGGCAACAACCAGUUAGACACCAAAAUGCAAUCGUCGUCACCCGGCGGUGGUUGGUAUUCGUCUUCGCCGACGGUGCAGGACGACUCGCCAUCGGCGGUCGCCUCUUCGUCCAAAGACAUGCAACAUUCCGGCGGCGGAGGAGGCAACAACAACGGCGGUGGCGUCGGUGGUGGACAUCCAAUGUUCACGUUCCCACCGACACCGCCCAAGGACAGCACGCCUGACUCUAUGACCACCGCAACGACGACGGCCACGAGCUCCUCGUCGUCAUCGUCGUCUUCAAACAGCGCGGCGGCCGCGGCCGCGGCUGCGGCCACUGCCUACUCCAUUGCGUCCAUGGGCGUGUUCCUACACCCGGACAACCAUCAGGGAUGCGGUGGUGGCGGCGGAGGAGGAGGCGUCGGCGUUCAGGACGUGAAGCCGUCCAUGCUGGUGGCCGGUGGCUCGUCGUCCAAACAGCGCGAAGGUACCUCGUCGUCGAGCGGCGCCACGUCGCCCGGCAGCUCGACGUCUGCCUCGUCCUCGUUUAACGCGUACCACCUGAACCACCAUCAUCACCACCUCGGCGGUGGCGGCGGCGGCGGUCAACACGAACCGGCCGCCGGCACCGCUGCCCCGACGUCCUCGUCGUCCUACACCCAUUAUCCCUAUCACCACCACCAUCACCACCAUUCGGCCAUCGCUCCCGCCGUUUUCUCGCCCGCCAAACACCCCUCGUCCUCAUGCCAUUCGCCCGGCACCAACGCCAUGAAAAACUCCUCGUCCUCGUCGUCCAGAAAUAAGUCUAGGACCAGCGCCGAAGGACGAGAGUGCGUGAACUGCGGAGCCACGUCGACUCCAUUGUGGAGGAGAGACGGCACUGGACACUACCUGUGUAAUGCGUGUGGCCUCUACUAUAAAAUGAACGGGCAAAACCGGCCGCUGAUUAAGCCCAAGAGACGUCUGUCCUUGCAGUCAGCUGCCCGUAGAGCCGGGACGAGCUGUGCGAAUUGCAAAACGUCCACCACGACGCUGUGGAGGAGAAACCAAAACGGCGAACCCGUUUGCAACGCUUGCGGUCUUUACUACAAACUGCACAACGUUAAUCGGCCGUUGACGAUGAAAAAGGAAGGAAUACAGACACGGAACCGGAAGCUGUCUUCCAAGUCAAAGAAGAAGAAGGGUUCGAUAGUCGGUGGCCUGGGCGGCGGAAUUGGCGGCGGCAUCGGUGGUGGCGGCGGCGGAGGCGGCGGCGCUUGUCUGUCGUUGUCCGGCAUGAUGCGCGGCGACGGCACCGGCGCGGGUUACCACCACCCGGCGUCCGCGGCUCUGCACCCGCACCCUGCGGCCAUGAGCCACUACCAUCACCAUGCGGCCGCUGCGGCCGCGGCCAUGUACCACCAUCACCAUCACCAGGCCACGCAGCCGGCUGCACCCACCGCGUCCAUACACCCGCACCACCACCAUAUGGCGUCACUCACCGGAAUCGGGUUGCCCACAUCGUCAAACGCAAUGGCUAGUUGGAGAUCCGAGUACGCGUGAUUAUUGGAUUUGCCGUUCCCCGGGCACUCUAACCACAGCAGGGUCGGCGAAUGACAAACAUUAGUACUACACAUUAUUAUUAUUAUUAUUAAAAUUAUUAUAAUACUACUACUACUACUACUACUACUACUAUCAAUAUUAUUAUCAUCAUAUUAUUAUAUAAUAUACAUAUUAUAUUCUCAUAGUUCCUAUUAAUAUUCCCGUCAAAAGAUAAGCCGAAAAAUAUGAACACACACACACAGACAUGCGCGCGCAUAGCGCGCAUAUAUGGCCAGUAUACAUAUAUUAUAUGUAUGUAUGUAUGUAUGUAUGUAUGUAAGUAUAAGUAUAUAUUAUUACAUAGUCUUCGUACGUCGAUGAGCAUUAUUAUUAUUUUUAAGUAUAAUUAUAAUAUAUUAUAUUAUAAUUGUUUCUCGUUUCGCAUAUCGAUAAACCUAUGAUGACCGUCGCGAAUUUUUGUACAAGAAUUCAAUAUUAUGUAUUGUUUCUUCAUUUUUUUUCCUCCUUAUUUUAAAACUUGAAAAAACC